UCCGCUCAACCCGCUCAGAAACUCACCUCUUCUUUCAAUAUUCUAGUCCUAAUGAAAAUGGCUCUCGCCGGAGUUUUCUUUGUGGGUUUUCUUGCAAUGGUCUCCACCGUUCAUGGGUACAGCGGUGGUGGGUGGACUAAUGCACACGCCACCUUCUACGGCGGGGGUGACGCUUCCGGCACAAUGGGUGGAGCUUGUGGUUAUGGAAACCUGUACAGCCAGGGGUACGGCACAAACACUGCAGCUCUGAGCACUGCUCUGUUCAACAAUGGCCUGAGCUGCGGGUCGUGCUAUGAGAUUAAGUGUGUGAAUGACCGCCAAUGGUGCCUGCCGGGCUCCAUUCUGGUCACAGCCACCAACUUCUGCCCACCAAACAACGCCCUCCCCAACAAUGCCGGCGGCUGGUGCAACCCUCCCCUAGAACACUUUGACCUCUCUCAGCCUGUUUUCCAACACAUUGCCCAAUACAGAGCUGGAAUUGUCCCUGUUGCUUACAGAAGGGUACCCUGUAAAAGAAAUGGAGGCAUCAGGUUUACCAUCAACGGCCACUCCUACUUUAACUUGGUUCUUAUCACCAACGUGGGUGGGGCCGGUGACGUCCACUCCGUGUCCAUCAAGGGAUCCAGAACCGGCUGGCAGCAAAUGUCAAGGAACUGGGGCCAGAAUUGGCAGAGCAACACCUAUCUCAACGGCCAGAGCCUCUCGUUCAAGGUAACCACAAGCGACGGCCAGACCGUGGUGUCCAACAAUGUUGCCCCCGCCGGGUGGUCUUUCGGCCAGACCUUCACCGGCGUCCAAUUCCGCUAGAUAGAAUCAGUAUUAGCGUGAAUUUUGAAUUUAGCAUACCAAGGGUAAAAUUGUAUACUAUAGUUUAUGGAGUCAAUACCUCCUUUUUCUUUUUGGUCAAGAUGAGAAAGGGCUUAUUUUAAAAUGGUGCUGUCUCAUUUUGAUCUAGUUUUAUAUUUUAUAUAUAGUUUAUUGUAUUAAUGGGUGAAUUCUGUUUUCUGAUUUGCUGCUUGUAUAAUUUUUCCUUCUGCUUCGGAAAAGGAGAGGCAGAGGUGGACGCUUACCACCCGCCAGUACUAGUAACUCCAUUAGCCUUUUUUUUUUUUUUUUGGGUGGGGGGCCUUUGAGGAUGCUAUUAUGCUAAGGAGAAUUAAUUGAUUUGGAUCUG